GGGGCGGUGAUGGCGGGGGGCGGGCGGCGGGCGCGGCCGUCAGGAGGUGGCAGAGCCCGCGGCCCCCGGGAGCUGCACGGCCCGGCCCGGCCCGGCCCGGCCCGCGGCGAAGAUCACUGAAGUUUAAUGACACUGUCAUCAGGAGUUUGGUUGCAAAACAGGGAACUCCUUCCCUUUCUCCUCUCCCAGAGCCUGCCUGGAGCUGCUGCUGGCACUGCUGGAGUCCAUGGCACACACCAUGCCCCCCACACCAGCGGGGCCCCUCGGCUCCCAGUACUGCGUCUGCAAAGUCGAGUUGUCUGUCUGUGGCCAAAACCUUCUGGACAGGGAUGUCACCUCCAAAUCCGACCCCUUCUGUGUCCUCUUCAUGGAAGUCAAUGGGAAGUGGGUGGAGCUUGACAGGACAGAGACAGCUGUGAACAACCUCAACCCAGCUUUUGCUAAGAAGUUCAUUGUUGACUACCACUUUGAGGAAGUGCAGAAGCUGAAGUUUGCCCUGUUUGACCAAGACAAGUCGAGCAUGCAGCUCUAUGAGCAUGACUUCCUGGGUGAAUUCUCCUGCACACUGGGCAUGAUUGUCUCCAGCAAGAAAACCACAAGGAGCCUGCUCCUGGGGAAUGGCAAACCUGCUGGGAAGGGGAUGAUAACGAUAGCUGCCCAGGAGCUCUCAGAUAACAGGGUGAUUACUCUGAGCAUGGCUGGCAGAAAACUGGACAAAAAGGACCUGUUUGGAAAGUCAGACCCCUUCUUGGAGUUCUACAAACCAGGUGAUGAUGGGAAGUGGAUGCUGGUUCACAGGACAGAGGUGAUCAAGUACACACUGGACCCUGUCUGGAAGCCCUUCACUGUGCCUUUGGUGUCACUGUGUGAUGGAGAUGUGGAGAAGCCAGUCAAGGUGAUGUGCUAUGACUAUGACAGUGAUGGAGGACAUGACUUCAUUGGGGAGUUUCAGACCUCAGUGGCCAGGAUGUGUGAAGCCCAGGAUGCCUUUCCACUUGAGGUGGAGUGCAUCAACCCCAAAAAGCAGAAGAAGAAAAAGAAUUACAAGAACUCUGGGAUCAUCAUUGUCAAGUCCUGCAAAAUCACAAGAGAUUUCUCCUUCCUGGACUACAUCCUGGGAGGAUGCCAGCUGAUGUUUACAGUUGGGAUUGACUUCACAGCCUCCAAUGGGAACCCACGGGACCCCUCCUCAUUGCACUAUAUCAGCCCCAUGGGGACCAAUGAGUACCUGUCAGCUCUCUGGGCUGUUGGACAGAUCAUCCAGGACUACGACUCAGACAAGAUGUUUCCUGCUCUGGGAUUUGGUGCCCAGCUCCCACCAGACUGGAAGGUAUCUCAUGAGUUUGCCAUCAACUUCAACCCCACAAACCCCUUCUGUUCAGGUGUGGAGGGCAUUGUCCAAGCAUACUCAGCCUGCCUGCCCCACAUCCGCUUCUAUGGACCCACCAACUUCUCCCCCAUCAUCAACCACGUGGCUCGGUUUGCAGCUCAGGCCACCCAGCAGCAGGCAGCAGCUCAAUACUUCAUCCUCCUCAUCAUUACGGACGGGGUGAUCAGUGACAUGGACGAGACGAGGGACGCCGUGGUGCAGGCAUCCAAGCUGCCCAUGUCCAUCAUCAUCGUGGGGGUGGGCAAUGCUGACUUUGCUGCCAUGGAGUUCCUGGAUGGGGACAGCCGUGUCCUGCGCUCCCAGACAGGCGAGGAGGCCCUGAGGGACAUCGUGCAGUUCGUGCCCUUCCGCGACUUCCGCAACGCCCCCAAGGAGACUCUGGCCAAAGCCGUGCUGGCAGAGCUGCCCCAGCAAGUGGUUCAGUACUUCAAGCACCAGAACCUCCCACCCAUCACCUUGGACCUGGGCUGAGCCAGGCUGUGCCCCCUGCAUGUCGCUGGUGCCCAUUGGUUCCACCAGCAGCAAAUGUUCCACAUGCUUUUAAAAGAAGAACACCCUCCCUGAAACACUUUGUACUUCUUAAUUUAAUUGCUAAGUUCUUAAAAUUCAUCCCAGAGAAGUGUCUGGAUCCAUUUUGUACAGUCCCAGAUCAAUGUAACCUGAAGUGGCCAGGCCUGGUCCUGUUCUCUUGAGUCACUUUUCAGUAUUGAAUGUACUUUGUAUAACUUCAGUGGAACAGGAUACAAAUUUUACAAUCAAAACUUGCUUUUCCCAAGCCAUUAAGUGCUUAAUAUGUUACCAUCCAAUGAACUGGCCAUUGUAUAGUUGUACCUGUUGUACCUGUACCUCUGUCAUGCUCUAUGUUCAUUUUUAUACUGUGUACAUGUUAUAUUUGUUAUACUCAGGUUAAUAAAUAAUCUUGGACAUUUAA